AUGACAACGGAGUUUAAACCAAAUCAACUAGUCUAUGCAUAUCAUGGUCCACUUAUAUAUGAAGCCAAAAUCCUAAAAAUUAAAAAAUCAACAAAUGAUUUUAUAAUAAAUAAUGAUUUACAACAUGAAACAUUAGAACAAAAUCCCAAAUUUAAACUGGCGAGAUGGGGUAAUGAUCAAACAGUAUAUUUUUUACAUUAUCAAGGUUGGAAUUCAAAAUGGGAUGAAUGGGUUAGUAUUGAAAGAAUUAUGGAAAUUAAUGAAGAAACAAAAUUUAAAAAAUUAGAAUUAGAUCAAUUAACUAAAAAGAAAAGAGUUAAAAAAGAUGAUACUAAUAAUAAUUCUCAACAAGAUUCACUGAAAUCAGAUAAAAAUGGAUCAUCAUCUAAAAAGCAAAAAACAGGAUCAUCAUCAUCAUCAUCAACGAAUAAUUUAACGUCUUCAUCUUCUUCAUCAUCAUCAUCAAAACCCACAAAGAAAAAUGUUACUAUAAAUUUACAAUUUCCACCAGAAUUAAAAUAUUUACUAGUAAACGAUUGGCAAUAUAUAACAAAAGAUAAAAAAUUAGUAACAAUUCCAGUACCAGAAAAUAAAAGCAUAUCCCAAAUAAUACAAGAUUAUAAAACUCAAAGAAUUAAAAAUUUACAAAGACAUCAACAACAAAUAUUAGAAGAAAUUUUAUUAGGUUUAGAAAUAUAUUUUAAUAAAUCAUUAUCAUUAAUAUUAUUAUAUAAAUAUGAAAAUUUACAAUAUUUAAACUUGUUAAAAGAUAAUAUUAUAAAUUCAGAAAUAAAACAAUCAAAAAUAUAUGGUUUAGAACAUUUAUUAAGAUUAAUUAUUUCAUUUCCUGGUUUAAUAAGUACAACAACUAUGGAUUCAAUAAGUAUUAAUAUAUUAAUUUCUGAAUUAGAAAUUUUAUUACAAUUUAUUAAAGAUAAUAUUUCCAAUUAUCAAAAUGAUUAUUAUUAUACAAGCCCUCAAUAUGAUGCAUUAGCACGAUCCUAA